AACACUAUAAAGCUUUCUGUGUGCCGUGGGCCCGUGGCUUUAGUCUGCCCGCUACUAUGGGCGCGUAACUCACCAACUCUAUAUAAACUUCCGCCGUGGCAAAAAUAUCUAUCUACUCGAGGCGAGGCUCCGUGCCUCCGUCGUACUCGGCUUGCACAGCAAGGUAAAGCAAGAGCGCUACUGGCUGUCUCUCUCUCUCUCUCCCUCUCUUCUCUCUCCCCCCCAAGCACACGCACACAUGGCGGACACCAACCAGAAUCGCGAGCAGACCUUGAUCGCCGGCGCGGGCCUCGGCCUGGUCGCCGUCCACUCGGGCCUCACCGUCUACCGCGCAAUGGGUGACAAGCAGGCGGCCGUCCUCUUCGUCGCUUGGUCGUGCCUCACCCUGGUCCUUGUGUUCGUCUGCCUCCUCGCCUAUGAGCGGGCGGCCCCCGGUUCGCCGGCCAGGGAGCGGGCGAGCCGAGCCAUAUGGCCGCCCACCACGCUGCUCACGCUCUCCUUCGCCUGGAAGGUGACCGCGGACAUGCCUCCGGAUUCAGCCGCGGCGGCCGCCCUCGUCUGGGGCUUAGCCAUAGCCACCACCGCCGGCGGUUUCGUUGCUCUCUCUGUACGUGCAGGCCCCUGAAGUGAAGACAUGGACGACGGCCUAGCAAGAUGCAUGUGUUCGUUCAGUUCUCUGGGCUCUCGGCGUCGGCGCCUAUAUAUAUGUAAAAAAAAGUAUAGAUUUUUUGGACGCGCUUUGUGCAGCCUCCUCCAUGAUCAGGGUGUUCAAACUAUAAUAAUAACACAACAUUUUACCUUAUAAUAAUUAAUAAUAGAAAGUUUAAUA